AUGGUCCCGUCCCCGCUGCGCUGUAGGAAUGCCAAGAAGGAAGGGGACCUGCUGGCGGCCCAGGCGCGCCUCAAGGACGUGGAGGCCCUGCUCAACUCCAAGGAGGCCGCGCUCUCCACGGCCCUGGGCGAGAAGAGGAACCUGGAGACCGAAGUGCGGGACCUGCGCGCGCAGGUGGCCAAGCUGGAGAGCGCCCUGAGCGAGGCCAAGAAGCAGCUGCAGGAUGAGAUGCUGCGGCGGGUGGACGCCGAGAACCGGCUGCAGACGCUCAAGGAAGAGCUCGAGUUCCAGAAGAACAUCUGCAGCCAGGAGCUGCGGGAGACCAAGCGGCGGCACGAGACGCGCUUGGUGGAGAUCGACAACGGGCGGCAGCGGGAGUUCGAGAGCAAGCUCUCCGAGGCGCUGCAGGAGCUGCGCAGCCUGCACGAGGCCCAGAUCAAGCUCUACAAGGACGAGCUGGAGAAGACCUACGGCGCCAAGGUGAGCGGCGCCGGGGCGGCGCGGGGACGCGGAGCAGGCGGCGGCGGCGCUGCGCACGAGGAGCUGCAGCAAACGCGCAUCCGCAUCGACAACCUCUCCUCCGAGCUCAGCCACCUGCAGAAGCAGCUGGCCGCCAAGGAGGCCAAACUGCACGACCUGGAGGAUGCCCUGGCCCGGGAGCGCGUGGGCAGCCGGCGGCUGCUCUCCGACAAGGAGCGGGACAUGGCCGAGAUGCGGGCGCGCAUGCAGCAGCAGCUGGACGAGUACCAGGAGCUGCUGGACAUCAAGCUGGCCCUCGACAUGGAGAUCAACGCCUACCGCAAGCUGCUGGAGGGCGAGGAGGAGAGGCUGGGGCUGCCUCCCAGCCCCUCUUCCCAAAAAGGAGCAUCCCGUGGGCACGGCGGCAUCCACUUCUCCGCCCCGGGCUCCUCCAAGAAGCGGAAGCUGGAGGACAGCGAGAGCCGCACCAGCUUCUCCCACCACGCUCGGACGAGCGGCCGCGUGGGCGUCGAGGAGGUGGACCUGGAGGGCCGCUUCGUGCGUCUCAGGAACAAGUCCAACGAGGACCAGGCCAUGGGCAACUGGCAGAUCAAGCGGCAGAACGGGGAUGACCCCCUCAUCACCUACCGCUUCCCACCAAAGUUCACCCUGAAGGCCGGCCAGAUGGUCACGGUGAGUCGCUGCCCAUGACACCACCGGGCCCAGACCCUGUCUCCAGAGCAGCCGGGAGCACUUGGAGGCGAUGGGGAGCCGAGGAUCCCAUCGGGUUCCUCAGCGCGUGGCUCUGAGGUGGCCAUGCGCAAGCUGGUCCGCACCGUGAUCAUCAACGACGAGGACGAGGAUGAUGAGGACGACGAGGUCAGCAUCCACCACCGCCAUCACCACGCCAGCUGCAGUGGCUCUGCUGACCCUGGCGAGUACAACCUGCGCUCGCGCACGGUGGUCUGCGGCACCUGCGGCCAGCCGGCCGAGAAGUCCGGGAGCCAAAAUGCCGGCAUCGGCACCAUGUCCUCAGGAUCAUCCACCUCCAGCGUGACCGUCACCCGCAGCUACCGCAGCGUUGGCGGCUCCGGAGGCGUCAGCAGCAGCCUGGGGGACAACCUGGGCACCAGGUCCUACAUCCUGGGGAGCUCCAGCCCCCGUAGGCAGGCUCAGGCUCCGCAAAACUGCAGUAUCAUGUAACUCCAUGGCGCCAUUCCCAUAUUUCCUGGCCAUCUUGAGCUAGUUUUUCCCAAAGCAACAAAUUUCUUUUUUUUUUUUUCCAUAAAAAAGGGGUCUAAAACCAAGGUUGGGGUU